UUACAGAAGAUGCAAAAAGCUCCAUUGCUGCAUCUUUGAUACAUUUUAUGUUGAAUUUUAUGAAAUUCUUGAUGUUAAUUUUUUAUAGGAAGUGAAAUAGAUCAAGAUAAAAGCACUUCUUCGAGAAUUAUUAUUGGAAUUUGGCUGCUGGUGACAACCGUACUUAUAUCAGCAUACGGUGGUGUUCUCUUUUCCUACAUGACUUAUCCCGCUUAUGACAAAGUUCCGACAACAAUUGAAGAACUCUCAAAUGCAGUUAAAAAUAAUGAAUAUUCUUGUGGAACUAUACCAUCUUCGGCUUACGAGAAAAUGAUGGUGAAUGCCCCCAAAGGUAUGGUCAGCAUUUUAGGUGAUUACAUAAGAAAUAAUCCAGAUAAGAGCUUUUACUCUAUAAACGAAGGAAUUGAAUAUACCAUACAACAUAAACAUGCACACAUUAUAUCUGACGCUUAUGUAAAUACACUAACGAUCGGACAAAAAGGAGCGUUAGUAAUUUCAGAGGAAUCGUUUUCAACAUAUACAAUAGUAUAUCCUAUGAAAAAACAAUUUAAAUUUGAAAAAAAAUUUAAUAAACGAAUUAGAAGAUUAGUAGAUGCUGGUGUAUACGAAAAAUUGAGACAGCAAGAAUUUCCUGCAAAGAUCAGCAACAACAAAGAAACAUAUCAUCCACUUAUUAUCGAAGACAUUAUUAGCCCUUUGAUAUUAUUGUUGUGUGGAUAUAGUAUCUCUGUUAUAAUUCUACUCGUUGAAAUACUAUUAAAUAGAAAAUAA